GAUAAAGCGUGCCAAGGGGCACACGACUUGCUGCUCAGGAAAUCGCCGCGGUCUCACCUCUGCGCCGCGCGAGAGAGCGCGACAGAGGCCCGGGACCCCAUUCUCUCUUCUUUUCUCCUUUGGGGCUGGGGCAACUCCCAGGCUGGGGCGCCUGCAGCUCAGCUGAACUUGGCGACCAGAAGCCCGCUCAGCUCCCCACGGCCUAGCUGCUCAUCGCUCUCUAUUCUUUUGCGCCGGUAGAAAGGAUGACGCCUCAUCCCUCGGGUGCGUCCACUGUCCAAGUGACCGGUGAGACGGAGCGGUCCUUCCCCAGAGCCUUGGACGACGAAGUGACCUGCUCCACGUCCGCUCCGCCCAGCCCCACUCGCACACGGGGGAACUGCGCGGAGGCGGAAGGGGGAGGCUGCCGAGGGGCGCCAAGGAAGCUCCGGGCACGGCGCGCGGGGCGCAGCCGGCCUAAGAGCGAGUUGGCACUAAGCAAGCAGCGACGGAGUCGGCGCAAGAAGGCCAACGACCGCGAGCGCAAUCGAAUGCACAACCUCAACUCGGCGCUGGACGCGCUGCGCGGUGUCCUGCCCACCUUCCCAGAUGACGCGAAGCUCACCAAGAUCGAAACGCUGCGCUUCGCCCACAACUACAUCUGGGCACUGACUCAAACGCUGCGCAUAGCGGACCACAGCUUCUACGCGUUGGAGUCGCCGGCGCCGCACUGCGGGGAGCUGGGCAGCCCAGAAGGCGGAUCCCCCGGGGACUGGGGGUCCCUCUACUCCCCAGUCUCCCAGGCUGGCAGCCUUAGCCCCGCCGCGUCGCUGGAGGAGCGCCCCGGCCUGCGGGGGGCCACCUCUUCCGCCUGCUUGCGCCCAAGCACUCUGGCUUUCUCAGAUUUUCUGUGAAGGGACCUGCCUGUCGCUGGGCUGUGGGUGCUAAGGGUAAGGGAGAGGGAGGGAGCCGGAGCCCUAGAGGGUGGCCGAUGGCGGCGACCCUCAAAAGCACUUGUUCCUUCUGCUUCUCACUGGCUGACCCCUGGCUGGCCCAGGCCUCCGCGGGGGCUGCAGGCUGGAUUCAUUCCCUGGCCCUCCGAGCCGCGCCAACUCACGCAGCCCUUGCUGCCCGCGCGAAGUGGGCAUUGCAAACUUCGCUCAUUUUAGGCCUCCUCCCUGCCACCACGCCAUAAUCUCAUUCUAAGAGUACGAGAAUGGUAGCACUACCCGGCCGGAGCCGCCUACCGUCUCGGGUCGCCCUACCCUCACUCA